AUGAUGAUGAUGAUGAUGCACACUCCACUCCCCGUGCAACACUUGUCCUCGUCGUCGUCGUCGUUGAAUAUCUCAACGAAGAGAACUGCCGGCAGCGGUGGUGAGGCAAAAUCCAUCUUCACCGGUUCACCCAAACUUGUUUUAACGACUUUUUCUAAUAAUAGAACGCGACGAAGAAGGAAAGAAGGAGGAGGUCGCGCGAGAGCUUUAGCUGCGGAUAGAAACAAUAGCGUUGACAAAGCCGUCCUUCAAAUCGAGCGAAAGCAGCAGCAACCACGCUCAAUUGACACUUUACGGAACGAAGCUUUGGGUCAACUCUCGUCGACGACGAUUUCGACGAAAGGAACAGAGCUGACGGGUAAAAAAUUUGCAGGUUUCAUCGCGGUGCCUUCUCAAGCGCAAGCAAACUCGCGAAGUUUCAUCGCAGAAUACUGCAGGAACAUUAACCACGGCUCGCAAGCGGCGUUUUCUUUCGGAGGAAUCCUCCUCGCCGCCAGUUUAGUAAAGAUUAAAAACGUUUUAGAUACGCCUUCGCGGACGUACGUCCAAGGCGAGAACACCGUCGGUAACGAGUACGACGCGUGGACGAAAGAAGAGAUUUUGGAGUAUUAUUGGGGAGAACACAUUCAUUUAGGAUAUUACAACGACGAUGAUUUAGCGAAAGGUGCGGGAACACUUCUCGGACACAAGGUCAAAGACUUCAUCGAAGCGAAGGAAGACUUUGUGGACGAAAUGUUCAAGUUUUCCAAAGCGGAGAAAUCAAAAGUGACGUCAGUUUUGGACGUCGGGUGUGGCAUUGGAGGUGCCAGUCGACGCUUGGCGUCUGUAUGCGUCGGUAGUGGAGCUCAAGUCACGGGCAUCACUUUGAGUCAAGAACAAGCGAAGAGAGCGAACGAUUUAGCCAAGAGUCAAAACAUUCCAAACGCUAAAUUUGAAGUCAUGGACGCUCUGAACAUGUCCUUCGCGGAUAACUCGUUUGAUUUGGUUUGGGCGUGCGAGAGUGGCGAACACAUGCCAGACAAGAAAAAAUACGUGGAAGAGAUGAUGCGCGUUUUAAAACCAGGAGGUUCUUUGGUUCUAGCGACUUGGUGUCAACGCGAGACGCCGCCGGAGUUGACAAAAGUGGAAAAGUCUCAGCUCCAAUUUUUGUACGACGAGUGGGCCCAUCCGUAUUUCAUCUCCAUCCAAGAGUACGGAAGACUCGUCGAAGCGUGUAAUCCAGGAGCGGCUGUUACAUUGGACGAUUGGACGAAACAAACGAUCGUCUCUUGGAGGCAUUCGAUUUGGGCCGGCGUUUACGAUCCUCUCCCCGUGUUUACGAGACCAAAAAUUUGGUACAAGACGUUGCGCGAUAUCAUUUGCCUCGAGCGAAUGCAGCGCGCAUUUAAACGAAAGCUGAUGGUGUACGGGAUGAUGCGUGUCGUCAAGAAGUGA